AUGAAAAUACCUACGUGUCUUGUGCUGUUGACGGGGGUUUAUGGGGUAGAUGCCAAAGGUAGCUUCCUCCAGUCUCCAUCUAUCGUUGGCACCAACAUCAAUACCGCGGAAGCGAUCCAUACCACCACCGUUAAGUAUGAUGGGGACGACGGUAUCUUGUUGCCCCAAAACAACCCCAACGGAUGGGUCAACCCUGAAUAUUUGGCCCCUAUGCCACAGUGCAUCGCCCAGCAAGAUCAGUCUACCUGGCUGCGUGCCAUGACGCAAUGUACCAGAAAACGAUGUACCUCCAAAUUUACAUUUAUCUGCACUCACCACCAAUGGCUGACCGAACUCAGCUGCCUCAGCAUUGCAUUCUCCCCUGACGUUAUCGAAAAUUAUCUCCCAUACUGUGGUCGAUCGGUUCUCGCCAAAGCGCAGUUGUAUCAAUGGAUUCAUGAUAUCACAGGUCGAACGUGGCUUGUCGAUGUCGGCGACGCGAGCGGUCUGCAAAGUCUCUCCCCAGACUCCCUAGCUGAAGGGUAUGCAGCCGUUGACGUGAUUCACAAUGCACCGACAUGUCUGAGCGACUCGGUGUCUGCAUCAUCGAUGGAACCAUUUCAACAUGUAAUGGCCUCCUGUGGUUUCACAAGCACUACCCAACACACUGGAAACGUUGAUCGUCCCUGGGAAUAUAAUGAAAGGCUACGGUCUAUGAUCGCUCUUGAUUUUGAAACUGUUGGUUACGAUCUCGUGCAGCAUAGUAUCUUCGAUAUGGUCCUGCGUCGCAUCAGUGAUGGCGACUAUUUUGACAAAGAUUGUUUCUGCAACACUUUCAAAAUAGAUCUCAACAAGGAACCUUGUUCAGGGUCAGGACAAUUGGACUUCACGAAGGAGCGUCUCUGGAUUUAUGCCACGUGUGGGCCGGCAUCCUUACCCGAAAACUGGGCGGACACACUUAAAACCACCCAAUUCGCGUACAUUCCCAUCGAAGAUUGGCACUGGCCCAAAUGCGUCGCGGAUAUGCCGAAGCAGGUGAUCGAGCUUACUGAUCAUUGUGUAACCGAUGCUUGUGAGGCCGGUGGCUACUGCAAAACCAAGCGCGCAGUUGACAGGGCUUGCUUUUGUCAUAACAUCAACUACGAUUCCUGCGGAGAGUCGUGUCAGAUAUUUGACACACGAAUUGAAUACAUCAAGUGGCUGCAUGAUCUUUGUGGCAAUGUGCAAGACUGGCACGGUCUGCCAGAUAAUUGGCGUCAAUUAACCGCCCCUACCACCCUCGAAAUAAUUCCAUGGCGUUGGCAAUUGAAGCCAUCCAACGAUUCAGACAUUACCCAUACCCCCAGUUUGGGAGACGCCAGGGCAACAGAAACAUGUGCCUCGAAUGAGUCUAAACUCACAAGCUUUGCUCUAGUAAAUAUAGCUACUUUCCUUGUAGUAGCUCUCAGCGUGAGAACAGGAAUAGUGCGUCGAAUCGCAUGCCGCUUUCCAUGGAACUCGCAGCAGUGGUCAUGGGUUGUCAAAGGAACAUUAAUCGCCGCUCUGCAACUCCUUGCAAACCUGUUCAAUAUUCUUUUUAUUCAACAAACCCCUGGCUAUGAGAACGUUCCCGUUAUUCAAUUAAUCCUCCUCUGGAGCUCAAUGCCUCGGCCUACUUGGUUGACGAUUUUGUUGAUUGGUGUACCAACCUUCGGAGAUUUGAAGUUCUUCGCGGCCGGGUCUUCGCUAUUUGCUGAAGUGAUCCUCCAAUUUCUAUCAGCAUAUUACUUGCUUAUGACCGUUCAUUAUGGCCAAAAACACAAUUUCUACUUCGGAGGCAUGGACGGAGCGGAGAGAGCGGGACCCGCAAAAACGAUGGGCUCACGAGAAACACCCUUGAUAAGGAGCGAGCGCAUGGACUCAGAAAGAACACCGUUGAUAAAGAACAGAGGAGAUCACAUGGAUUAUGGCACUUCCUCUUUUCAACGCCAACAUGACCGGGUUUCCCGGAAAUCAUUUGUGGGAUUGUAUGUGGCUACGGUCAUCAGCAUGCUCCUUCUCUGGAUUGCGCAGUGGCUCUUUUGGAGUGGAUUUAUUGGUCUUAGUUCGGAAGAGUUCUGUCCCCCUCAACUUGGGGUCCUCACGGCUAUCUGGACUACGUUCUCAUUAUUAGGCGCUAUCAUUAUUAUGUAG